AUGAAGCCGGCAUGUUUGAGAGAACCACUUGCACGCUCUCCAGAGCCAACCGCGCGGAGCUCUGCCACACACCAGACACAGCCACCACUGAAAGGAAUCUUGAGGCGGCCCACGGGCGUUGCCCGGGCCCGGAGCAAGAGUGCGAAGAUCAGCUGGCUGUGGAGGCCUCGCAUGCUGACAGUGCAUUCGCUGGAUGAAGCGGAGAAGGUGGAGCUUUUCUGGUCGCAAGGUGAUUUGUCCGAAGUCACUUGCGGUUGUUGUGGCGGUCGCUGCCGUGAGAGAGAAGUGUCCGUGGCCCAGAAUCCCAAAGGCCAACGGGACCUCCUCUGCAGCGGGUGCGCGGAGGAGCAGCCGAGACACCUUGUCUCCACGAAGCCCGGCCGGGGCAGUGUGGGUUGGCUGAAAAUCUACCCGGAACCUGCACCGCUUUUCCAGGAGGAGGAGGACAAUCAAGAGGAAGAGGAGCAGGAGGAGGAGGAGCAAGAGGAGAGGCAGGCAGACGAGCAGGACGAGGAGGAGGAGGAGGAGGAGCAGGACGAGGAGCAAGAGGAGAGGCAGGCAGACGAGGAGGAGGAGGAGGAGGAGGAGGAUGAAAUGCCCAUGUCCGCACGCCUGUUGCAGGCUCUGGAGGAAUGCUCAAAACUUCCGAGGCCUUCAAUCUUGAGGGCUCAGCCUACGCUCAAUCGUACCUGCGGCCUCUUGAGGGUAUCUUUUGAAGGCGUCCGCAAAGUCGUGGAGGGAUCCGAGUUUGUGAGCCCUGAGACGAAAGACGCACUUUUCUGGAACUCUGAGAGGUUGAGAUCCAGUCUUUGUGCUCGAUGUGGGGGCUUUCAAAGCAUGGCUGAAAGCUUUGUGGCCGAGUCAUGGCAUGGUGAAAUGGACAUGAUUUGCAAGGACUGUUCUAGCGACUGGCCUGGCCAUUUGCUCUCUUCGGUUCCUGGGGCUAUAUCUGCUGGCUGGCUCAAGCUUCAACCGUCGAUUUCGUGUGCAUUCUUUGAUGAGCUUGCUGAGUACGAGAGCAGGAAGGUAGACAUGGACGUCAGAGACGAAGAUUCAACGACCGAAGCAGCGAGCGACACCGAGACCGUAAUCAAUGGGGCAACAUGUCAGUGUUUGUCGACUGACACCACCGCUAGGCAGUUGGGUAUUCACUGGGACCUCACAUGGGGUCCGGAGAACAAGGACUUCUGCGAGGAAGCCGAGGAUGAAAGCACUCCUAUGUCCAAAGGCAACAUGACGGGCUACAGCCACAGCGAGGCUGCCAGUGAGCAGGAGACAUCCGCCCUGGAGAAGGGCAGGGAAGAUAGGGAAGAGCAGCCGAAGGCGAACCCGCCCAUCGUCCAGCGGCCCUCCGGAAUCAGCGCGCUGAGCCAGGAGUCCGUCUCGCAGAUCCAGGCCCACUCGCUGGCCACCAAG